UAUCGUCUCAGUUCUGAGUCGCACACCGUGCCGUGAAGACGUUCUUAUAAUUGCGCGCGCGUUGCGUACGUCUUCACACGAAAACCUAAAGUCCGCAGCAGAAAGGGGGAAAGUUUUUUUUUCUGUUACCUAUGUGAAAUUCUGUGAAUCGAUACCGCAAACCCAUCGUCAACCGGUGAUUAGCAAUUCAUUCUAAUUCAGUGGCCUAAGUAAAGGGUCAUGGCCAUGACCGAUUGCCGGCGUGGUUGCCUUCGUCGCAAUAGACGCGCGUCGAAAUCAGUGCGAACCGUCUGUAGUGCGUUGUUCCUGUCGUUUUCGUUGUUUGCAGUCAUCACCUGUGUUUCCGGUGCAGACCUUCAAGUUACCAACACUACCAACAUCAACGAUGGAACUCCAAACGAACCGUUCGAAACCCAGACAGCUCAGUGUACGAUCACCUCCGGUGAGGUGGAAGCAAGUGCUCAGGCCACCAUCAGCAAGACCCUGGUCGGUGUUUGCGGCACGGAUGAAAUGUUGAUAGCAUUCCGAACGCUCGAAGCAAAGCUACUAAUGGAACUAAUGAACAUCCGUAAGAUGAUACGAGAUCGCCACUUCAACCCUCCGCCAUUGGGACCCUCGGAGUAUAAGGCCAUCAAACGAGUCACAACUCAAGUGGACACCAACUCCGGCACGAGGUUGACUUCGGUUCAGGAACCACCGGUACAGACUACGAGCACGACCAGCAAACCGGAAGCGUCGCCCACCGAUGUGUUCUUCCCGGAGGAUGACGACGAAGACGAUCGCUUUUCGGCAAAACCGAACCGAAACAUGUUGAAAGAGCUACCGGAGGGAAAUCGCAAACCAGUGGCACCACUAGUGCAGACUCGAGUAGGAGAAGAAGGUAGUUCGGCUGGACAAUCGCCGGCCACGCCUGUGCUGAACUUUAAACCCAUCGAUAAGCCUUUUCAGACGAGAUUUUUGACUGGAGGACUACGCGACUACGAGGUGUACAGGUUCAACAACACAGUCAUCUCCAGCGGGGAAACCAAGGUGUUCAAAUACUUCUGGAAAAUUGAACGCUUCACCGAACGGCUCCAAUCCAACCUGAGCGUUCUAAGCAGUCCCGUGUUCGUCAUCUCCGGUCUAAAUCUGCGCAUAAAGGCAACGCUGAACCAUGGCGAAAAGGACAACAUGUAUCUGCAGGUGGAACAGCUCUCUCCGCUGGACGACGAAUUGCGAAAGAGACCGAACGUCAUUCUUCAGGAGGGAUCCCUGUACGACUCAGUCGAAACGAAGAAGUUCCUGCGACACAAAAUUGUUCUUCUAAACCAGGGUGUGCCGUUUAGUGAUCUUAAUUCUCAGGAGUUCUGGAACACCAACACCGGAUUCACCAUACCCUACAGGGCAUUGCUAACCAACUCCUACCUGAAGCAGGAUAAAAUUCUCGUCGAAGUUGUCAUUUAUCUGUGAGGAUCCUACCUCUGAUUAGCAUUUAAGAGUACGAGUUUUGCAAGUGUGAUUUUCAUAUAUAAAUGUCUUAACACUGAUUAAGGAUUGUUAACAAAGUUGUGUUAUGUAUCGAUUGAAUAAAAUAAAACUAAACUUUCAAUCAAUA